AUGGGUUGGAUGGAUUUGCCUGUGGAAUUGUUGGAAUUAAUUUUCCAAAGGCUAUGUUUGGAUGAUGCCAUGAAUUGUCGUGCUGCAUGUCGCUCUUGGCGAAAGGCCGUUGACGCCAUAUUUUCAUCUCAGCUUCCAUUAAUGCUCUCUCUUUCAAAACGGUGUGAAAACAACUAUGGAAGCUUAUCCGCCCCAUGGAGCAACCAUGAUUCCACCGUGCUGACUCAAACAUGGCCCCAAGGAAUCAAAGCUGAAGAUGUCGAUAGGGUUCACUCGGUGCAAGGGUGGUUGAUGUUCAAUAUAUUUCAUUAUGUGAGCGACAAGGACCAAACUUUCUCUGAGCUUUCAUUUUUCAACCCGUUUUCUCGUGCCAGAUUCAAGCUUCCAAAACUGUUCUUGUUUUCUGGAAAGCCGUCUUAUUAUCAAGUUCGUGUUGCAUUCAAUUCUGCACCACCGGGAUCUGAGGAGUUCGUUGUUGCUUUCUUGUCCGCUGAAAUCUUCUAUGAUAUUGAAGUUCAUGGUGAUAAUAAACUGUAUGGUCUUACCGUCAAACAUAACACAAGUGUUGUGUUCGUGUUUACCCUAGAUAAUUAUCGUGAUGAUCAUGUCGUCGAACGAUUGGUUAUGCUAAAUACCAUAGAAGGUAUUGUUCCUGGCACAUUUGUUGUUGAUUUCGAAUUGUUCAAACGAAGUCAUCAGAUGGUAAUGGACACUAGCACUGGGGAGUUGUUGCUAGUUCGUCAUUUGGGAAGUAGAUGUUUCUACGACUUAUCAGUUCGUACAAAAGGGUUUAGUGUUUUUAAGUUGGACAGAAGCAAUCUUAAAUGGUGUGAAAUUUUUGAUAUUGGUGAUCGUUUCUUGUUCUGGGAUUUCACCAAGGUGAGUCUUGUGUCUGCUAAGGGACUCAGACUUGCAGAAGAGUUUAAGAGGGGCAACUGCAUAUUUUUUUGCCAUGUAAAUACUCGCUGCCAGCAGCCGCCAUAUCGAUUUAGUGAUGGAUUUAAAGAACAUGAUAUGGGAGUCUUCUUCUUGGCUGAUAGAACCAUUAGUCAUUUUCCAAUUAGUUCUUCUUUGUCGAUUUCACGUCGAAACAUGUGGUUCAGUCCUGCUCCUUAA